CCCGCCCUCCGCCCUCCGGACCGCCCGUCAGUCAGUCAAGCGGACUGUCUGUCCAAACGGCAGUAGUUUCUCCAAAGGUCUUAAGAGGCGUAUUCCUCGCUUUUUGCAGGCCAGCGGCGGCUGCUGCACCGUCGGCGGCGCGGUGCCUCGGUGAGGCGCGGCGUAAGCCGAGCAGCGACCGCGGAGCGUAGGUCCCAGCGCGGCGGAGGCGGCGGCGGCUGGGCGGCCAACAUGGCGACGGCGGCGGGCGCGGGCCCGGAGAUGGUCCGCGGGCAGGUGUUCGACGUGGGGCCGCGCUACACCAACCUCUCUUACAUCGGCGAGGGCGCCUACGGCAUGGUGUGCUCUGCUUAUGAUAAUGUCAACAAAGUUCGAGUAGCUAUCAAGAAAAUCAGUCCCUUUGAGCACCAGACCUACUGCCAGAGGACCCUGAGGGAGAUAAAGAUUUUGCUGCGCUUCAGACAUGAGAACAUCAUCGGGAUCAAUGACAUCAUCCGAGCACCGAGCAUUGAGCAAAUGAAAGAUGUAUAUAUAGUACAGGACCUCAUGGAAACAGAUCUCUACAAGCUCUUGAAGACACAACACCUCAGCAAUGACCAUAUCUGCUACUUUCUUUACCAGAUCCUCAGAGGAUUAAAAUACAUCCAUUCAGCUAAUGUGCUGCACCGUGACCUCAAACCUUCUAACUUGCUGCUCAACACCACCUGCGAUCUAAAGAUCUGUGACUUUGGCUUGGCCCGUGUUGCAGAUCCAGACCAUGAUCACACAGGGUUCUUGACUGAAUAUGUAGCCACACGUUGGUACAGGGCUCCAGAAAUUAUGUUAAAUUCCAAGGGCUAUACCAAGUCCAUUGAUAUUUGGUCCGUAGGCUGCAUUCUGGCAGAGAUGCUCUCCAACAGACCCAUCUUCCCAGGAAAACAUUAUCUCGACCAACUGAACCACAUUCUGGGUAUUCUUGGAUCCCCAUCACAGGAAGACCUGAACUGUAUAAUAAAUCUAAAAGCUAGAAACUAUCUGCUUUCUCUUCCACACAAAAAUAAGGUGCCAUGGAACAGGCUGUUCCCAAAUGCUGACUCUAAAGCUCUAGACUUACUGGACAAAAUGCUGACAUUCAAUCCCCACAAGAGGAUUGAAGUAGAGCAGGCUCUGGCCCAUCCCUAUCUGGAGCAGUAUUAUGACCCAAGUGAUGAGCCCAUCGCUGAAGCACCAUUCAAGUUUGACAUGGAAUUGGAUGACUUGCCCAAGGAAAAACUCAAAGAACUCAUUUUUGAAGAGACUGCUAGAUUCCAGCCCGGAUAUAGAUCUUAAGUUUGUCAGGAUAAGGGCUCAGAGGACUGGACGUGUUCAGACAUCGGUGUUCUUCCCAGUUCCUGACCCUGGUCCUGUCUCCAGCCCAUCUCGGCUUAUCCACCUUGACUCCUUUGAGCCGUUCAGAGGGACGGUUUCUGGUAGUUGUGGCUUUUAUGCUUUCAAAGAAUUCCUUCAGCCCAGAGAACUGUUCCUGACAUCCCUGUGUGUGUCACCCAUGGUGACCUGUGUGGCAGUAUGUACUUUCAGUGCACCUACUGCUUACUGUUGCUUUCGUCAAAAUCGCUUUCUGGUUUGAAAGAUGCAGUGGUUCCUCCCUGUCCUGAACCCUUCCCACAAGAUGCCUGCUGACCCAUGCAGUCACACCAGAGAUAGUUGUUUCCAGAUUGGCUCUUGUCACUGGCAUCUCACUUUAUGAUAGGGACGGCUUCUACCUAGGGCACUUUAAGUCAGUGACAGCCCCUUAUUUGCACUUCACCUUUUCUUCACCACAACUGUUUCCCUGGAGCAGGAGCUCUGGAAACCCUGGAGAUGACGUGGCAACCUCAUCUUGAGAAUCUUUGGGGGCACUUGUCAGCGUCUUUUCUCUUUAUCAUGUUAUUAAUCACCAAUAUAUUUAAGGUAUGUGCUAUUUGCCCAGCUUUUAGAGAACUCGGUCAUUUUUCUAAAUAAAAAGAAGUACUGCACCCAGCAAUUUCAGCCUGUAAAGUUACUGUGGUUACUUAUACCAUUUAUAGAGAUAUAGCACUUGCCAAAAGGUGUUGUAUGCAGUACUGAGUUUCCAGGACUUAAGCAAAAAGAUUUCGAGUGGCAGCACCACUGGUCAUUUCAGUGUGCGUGAAGGUCACAGCAGUGUGCUAAGGAAGGUAUCUGGAGAAGUAGCCAGCAGGCUGACUGGAUGUCACAGGGAGGAGCUCCUCAUGCCCGUGUCCCUGUGCCCCUGAGCCACUUCACAUAGUGUGCCACAUUCAGUGUAACCACGUUCAAUGCCUAAGGAUUUAGUAGAGAGGAACACUGCAUCUUUAAAUGAGAAAGUGUACACUUCUUCCUCCUACAGCAUGUCAGCAUCUCAAGUUCAUUUUUCAACCUACAAUAUAACAAUUUGUAAUAAAGCUUUCAUGAGCUCAUGACAUGAAGCACUGUUCUGUUGUCAAGUACUCAAAUGUUUCUGAUACUUCUGAGGGAAAACCAUCAGGAAAAGCUAGUACUCGUCAUGUUUAGAGCUCUUAUCUCAUAUUUCCUGACCUCUUUAAGUAUUUGUUUCUACCACUAGACACUAUGGCAUUGAUUUGGUGUUCUGUCCCAGUGCGGUGCCUCCUCCUGACUCCCCCACUGCUCUCUUUGGUGAGAAAUUUGCCUUGCUCAAUAAUUACUGUACCCUCGCAUGAUUGUUAGAGCUUUCUGUGCAGAGAUGACUGUCCAAGUGCCACAUGCCUAUGACUGAAAUGAAAAAUCUAUUGUUACCUCUGAGUUGUGUUCCACGGAAAAUGCAGAUCAUUUAGGAAAAACAGUUCUAUUUUUAGCUUUUAAUUUCUCAGCUGUCUUCUUUUUUUUCUUGUUUAAUUUUUGACAGCAGUGGAGAAUGGAUUAUAUAAAGACUGCCUGCUUAAUAUGAACAGAAAUGCACUUGUAAUUCAUGAAAAUAAAUGUACAUCUUUUAUCUUGA